UUGUAUUUACUUCGUAUGAACAGCCGUUGGAUUGAAGGAACUGACUUGGAAAACGAUGUCAGCGAUCAAUCAUUGCUAGCCGUCAUAUUCACUUCGUCGAUCGGACGGCUUCUGAACUCAGCGGCGAAAAUUCUUACUUCAGGCUUGUGUGGUCUCAUUUUGCGGGAGCUCGUCGGUUGUUCUCGGUCUUUAUCAUCCUGUUCUCAGUCUCUCUUCCUCAUUUCGGGAGCUGAGUUUCUACGGGAUCGGAAGAUGGCCUCAGGCGACGGCGGAGAAGGAUGCGGGGAGCAGGAAGUUGUUGCCGUUGAACUCCCGGCGCCUGUGGGUUGGAAGAAGACGUUUACUGCUAAGAAAAGUGUUAGAUCCAAAGAAAAUGAAAUUGUUUUCAUUGCGCCCACUGGAGAGGAAAUAAUCAAUCGAAAACAACUGGAGCAAUACCUUAAAUCCCAUUCUGGUGCGCCUGCAUUACAUGAAUUUGAUUGGAGCACAAGUGUUGAAACUCCCAGGAGAUCCGCAAGAAUCAGUGAGAAGGCAAAGGCAGUUUCUCCACCAGAACCUCAACCAAAGAAAAAACGAUCCAGGAGAUCAUCAUCAGGACCUACUAAGAAUAAUCCAAAUAUUGAAGCUGCUCCAGAAGAAACUCCAGAGAACAAAGAUGGAGCACUCGAGGAAGCUAAUCAUACAAAAAUGUCUGAAGCUGCUCCUGCAGAGUAUAAAAAUAAGGAAAAGAACCCAGAUGAGAAGGCAAUAACUGUGCAAGAUAAUGGGAUAGUCUCUGAUAAGAUUGAUUAUGAAGGAAACAUUGCAAAACCAGUUUCAGAUACUCAUCAGCCUGUGACCAACUUGUUUGAUGAGCUUCAAACUAAUACUGGAGAAGAUAACCGGUCUUCGAAUGUCGCCGAGGAUGUCGAAAUCAAAAGCGCAGAGGAAAAGGAUGAACUGCAGAAGCCGCAGAGCUUCAAGCAACCCGUUCGAAUCGAAGCUCAGCAACAUCUGGCUCCUACUUUGAGCUGCUGAAAUGUAUUCCCAGACCAGACUGAAUUAGCUGUAGUGAAGAAAUAAGCUUAAGGUGUAAAGGGGAAAAGACCAUUGGCUGUCAACUGGUAUUUACCAAUUAUUAACUUCUGGAGAUCUUUGUUUAUGUUAUAGUAAAUUUCUGUAUCUGUGUGUGCUUAUUAGUUUGUGCCUUAUGCCUUUAAGUGGUGUCUAUCAGUGUUUGUAUAUACACUCUGUUUGGGUUCUGAAUGAAUGAUUGUACUGAAAUUAGAAGUAUUAGUUGCUAA